UAAAAUCAUUAAAAAAAAUAUUUGUCUUACCAUACAGUCACCAUGAAGGGUCUUGCAAUAUUUUCUGUCCUGUUAUGGGCUUCAACAGCUGCUGCUUUAGUAAACAGAGAUGAAGAUGGACUUCCACUUUUCAAUAUGGAUAGGGAACUUACCAUAGAUGAGAUGCAGGAACUCAAAGAGUUGGUAGCUAAAGAAUUGCAGCUUCGGGAAGAGAAGUUAAAUUCAGUCAGUUAUACGUGCCUAAUUAAUGAUUUCAUGGACGAACUUCUUGCCAACGUACAAACGCUCAUCUUGAAAAACAAUCUUGAUCCAAUUUAUAUUACUGAUGAGAUGACUAUUGACAUUGGUAUAGGCAAGACUACGUUGUCGGAAGGCCAGUUAAACGACACUCAUACCAUCAUGAGGUAUGAAAAUGCUUCUUUGUCUUAUGACACCGACACUAAACAACUGGUUGCUGAUAUGGUAUUAAGAUUUGAAGACUUAAAGUUUAUUUUUAAAUAUCACACCAAAGUUGGCCUAAUAAGCAUGACAGGACAUCUUCAUGGAGACGUCGAGCACAUUCACAUCCACGUGAAGAUGGGAUUUGAUUUCAAAUCAGCUUUGAUGUUUGUCGAUUCUAUUGAUUUUAAACAUACUGGGAGCAUUUCUCUUAAAGUAUCUGGAAACGCCUUAAUCGACUGGAUAACAAACGCCAUGUCAACUGUCCUUACUGGAAUACUACAUAACCUCAUACUGGAUAUAAUUAAAAAUAUGAUCGCCAGCCCUAUCGACACAGUGGUUGAUUUAAUCAAUCAAAUGUUACAUCCUAGUUUAUUGGGCUAAACAAAAUUUAUUUACAUUUCUUUCAAUAAACGCAAUUGUUUAUUUCUUUUAAAAAAAUGUGUUGAAAUUAAUAAAAAUAUUUUCGAA